AUGUGGAGGAGGAUAGGUCAAACAUGCAAAUACUGCCGCCCUCUCAAGGAGAACUGCAUGAGUAUCACCCCUUGUAAUAGAUUCAUGAGACUUAGGCGGCCCCCUCGAUUCGGCGACAGAUUGGGAAGAGCCUCAGUUUUUAGAAAGCACAGAACCAGAUCAAGUAGUGCGCCUUCGGCUACCAUAUUCCCCGAUUACGUCUCUAUGGACUUCAUAUAG